AUGCUCCAGAACCAACAGAGGCCGUGGUGGCAGCUGGUGCCGAGCCGUCUCACUGUGGCUGGUUUGUUCAUCAGUGUGACUCUGCUCUACUGUUUGUCUACACUGCACAACUCCUUCGGUCCAACUGGGCUUCCAGUGCCUCAGUCCCAUGCUCUCCUACUGGGCCAACACAGCAACCAGUCAACCACAAAUGGCUCCCAGAAAGACAAUAACGUCUGCGUUCCUAAAGUGGACAUCAUGUUUCUGAAGACCCACAAAACAGCGAGCAGCACCUUCCUCAACGUCCUGUACCGCUUUGGACAGAAGCGGAAACUGAAAUUUGCCUUCCCAAUCAGCGGUGACUACAGCUUCCUCUAUCCCUCUCACUUUCAGCACACAUACGUUCAAGGCUUAAGAUCUGGCACGUUUUUUAACAUCAUGUGUAACCACAUGCGCUUCAAUGCACCGGAGGUGGCCAAAGUGCUGCCCAGAGACACAACAUACAUCACAAUCCUGAGAGAUCCUGCCCAGCUCUUUGAGUCGGCUUUCCAUUACUUUGCAAAUAUUGUUCCUCUGACCAAGAGGAUACCAGGUGAAGAUAAGAUGGCCGAGUUCCUGCGGGAUCCCACCAUCUACUUCAGCCUCGAUGAAUUUAACUCCUUCUUCCUGAAAAACCUGCUCUUCUUUGACUUCGGACAGGACAACACCCUGGAUGCAGAUGACCCUCGUGUGGAGGAAAGCAUCAGGCUCAUUGACGAGCGUUUUCACUUGGUCAUGCUCACGGAGCACUUUGAGGAAUCGCUCAUUCUGCUUAAGGACAUCCUUUGCUGGGAAAUGAGUGAUCUCCUCUUCUUUAAGCUCAACUCCCGUAAGGAAACCACUGUGUCUAAACUGACCCCAGAUCAGAGGGCAAAGGCCUUGCAGUGGAACAGCAUCGACUGGGAACUUUACAAACAUUUCAACCUGACGUUCUGGAAGAAGGUGGAUGCAUAUGGAAGAGAACGUAUGGCAAAGGAUCUCGCAGAGCUCAGGAUGAGGAAUGCAGAGAUGGUGCGGAUCUGCAUUGAGGGAAGUCACUCUGUUGAGGCUGGAAGGAUUCAUGAGGAGGCCAUGCAGCCAUGGCAGCCCGACAGAGAAAAGUCUAUCAUGGGAUACAACCUGAACAAAAAUAUAGACAUAGCAUAUCAGGUGUUGUGCCGAAAGAUGUUGACCCCAGAAAUUCAAUAUCUGACAGACUUGGGCGUUAAUAUGUGGCUCCUGAAGCUGUGGGGACAAGUGAAGAAUAUCUGUAACUGGUGA